UUGCCACACUUUAAGUCCAGCGAAAAAGAUAAUCAUCUCCAGCUUCUUAUUAUUACUUAAUUAAAUAAAUAUUAAUAAUGUUUCCAAUUCCACAGUUCACAUUUACUAGUUCAAGAACAUUCUUCUUCUCCAGGGACUACAGUAUACCUUCUUCAGAAGCUCCUCAAAAUAAAUAAUUACAGAAAAGAAAAAAAAAAGGGGGAAUCUUGCCUCCACAUAUUUUCAUCAACUUUUGCUCCUAAUCUUUUUUCUGUUUAAAAAAAUUAAAUUAAAAAUCUCUCCACUAAUUUGACAUCUCAAUGAGUAGUCCAAAAUUAGUUUCCUUCUUUUUCGCUGCCAAUCUGAUGUGAUGCAGUUGCUUUCUAUCUGUCCACUUUAUUUUCUUCAUCGUUUUUGUUUUUGUGGCUUCACCUCCCUUAGUUUAGUUUAGUUUAGUUUAGUACCCCUUUUCAGUUUUCAAUUUUCAUCGUCUUUGAAGAACAGAGAAGAAAUGGUGGCUGUUCGAUUUCUAUUUCUCCUUCUUUCUUUAUAUGUUCUUCUUCUCAUGGAUUCCUCCACAGCCCAGUUGCCAGGUUUUGUAAGUGUGGAUUGUGGUGGUAAUGAAAAUUUCACCGACGAGAUAGGCCUCAAUUGGAGUCCCGAUAGCUACAUAUUAAUCGGCAAAACAGCAAACAUAUCUGUAGCAAACGAGACGAGAAAACAGUACAAGACACUGAGAUACUUCCCAGCAGACAAUAACAAGUACUGCUACACCCUCAGUGUUGUACCUAGAACUAGGUAUCUUGUCCGAGCCACCUUCUUGUACGGUGACUUUGACAGCAACAACGUGUACCCCAAGUUCGACAUUUCGUUUGGGCCUACGAGGUGGAGUACAAUAGUAAUUUCAGAUGCGGGUACGAUCGAGAGCCAGGAGUUGAUAUUUCUGGCUGCAGACCCCACCGUCAGUGUUUGUCUGUCCAAUGCUACGACGGGGCAGCCCUUUAUAUCUACGCUCGAGCUACGACAGUUUAACGGGUCCAUUUAUUCAAUCAUCGUCGUUUUCUUCUCUUCUUUAUCUAUGUUAUUUAUAAAUGGGAGUGUGCAAGAAUUAAGACAGCAAAUUUACUUGGUUUUUGCAGGAUCACUUCUUGCUUCUGUAACAGCAGCUAAUUCAUUAGCAGAGUGGGCAAAUGAAGGUGGUGAUCCUUGUCUCCCAGCUCCUUGGUCGUGGGUCCAGUGUAGUUCAGAUCUUCAACCAAGAAUAACAUCCAUUAAACUGUCGGGGAAGAAUUUAACAGGAACAAUUCCGGUGGAGUUCACAAAGUUGGAUGGCCUAGUUGAGUUAUGGCUUGACAACAACUCACUGAGUGGUUCGAUUCCCGAUUUUUCUGGAUGUCCUAACUUGAAAAAAAUACAUCUUGAGGAUAAUAAGUUGACUGGUGGCCUGCCUUCUUCCUUGGCGGAUUUGUCGAAUUUGAGAGAAUUGUAUGUCCAAAACAAUUUAUUAUCAGGAAAAGUGCCACCUGGUCUUCUUAACAAAGAUUUGGUUUUCAACUAUACUGGAAACACGGGUCUACGUAACGAGGGCAAUGGAGGAAAACAUAAAGGUGUUGUUAUAGGAUUAUCAGUAGGUGCUGCUGUUCUGCUGCUUAUUGCUGCUAUUAUUUCCUUCUUAAUAAUGUCCAAAAGAAAGAAGAAUUCUUCUAAGCAAGGAAAAUUUCAACAUGGUUUUCAUGCUCAAAAGCUUACAUCGUCCCUCAGCGACACUGCAACUGAAGCUGCACAUUACUUCCCGUUAUUCGAGAUCGAGGAAGCCACUAAGAACUUUGAGAAAAAAAUUGGAUCGGGUGGUUUUGGGGUUGUUUAUUAUGGGAUUUUGAAAGACGGAAGAGAAAUCGCGGUCAAGAUUUUGACUAAUGAUUCCUUCCAAGGGAAACGAGAGUUUUCAAACGAGGUGUCUCUUCUUUCAAGAAUACACCAUAGAAACCUAGUACAGUUUCUUGGAUAUUGCCAAGAAGAUGGAAAAAGUAUUCUCGUUUACGAGUUCAUGCACAACGGGACCCUUAAGGAACAUCUUUACGGUCCAUUAACACACGGAAGAGUUAUUAAUUGGAUCAAGCGCCUCGAGAUUGCUGAAGAUUCUGCAAAAGGAAUCGAGUACCUUCACACCGGUUGUGUUCCGUCAAUUAUCCAUAGGGAUUUGAAAACCAGCAAUAUUCUUCUCGACAAAAACACGAGAGCUAAGGUUUCAGAUUUCGGCCUUUCGAAACUAGCUGUGGAUGGCGCUUCCCAUGUCUCGAGCAUUGUUCGAGGAACCGUUGGCUAUCUUGAUCCCGAGUAUUACAUCUCCCAACAGUUAACCGACAAAAGCGACGUCUAUAGUUUCGGAGUCAUUCUCCUAGAGCUAAUAUCCGGUCAAGAAGCAAUUUCCAACGAAAACUUUGGCAGUAACUGCCGAAACAUAGUCCAAUGGGCAAAGCUGCACAUAGAGAGUGGCGACAUACAAGGAAUUAUUGACCCUUCGUUGCACGAUUACGAUAUCCAGUCAAUGUGGAAAAUAGCAGAGAAGGCUUUGAUGUGCGUACAGCCACACGGGAGCAUGAGACCCUCGAUUUCCGAAGUUAUAAAGGAGAUACAAGACGCACUCGCCAUUGAGAAAGGAGCGGAAAAUGUGAGAGAAGCGAGUUCCGAUGAAAUAUCGAGGCACUCGGUUCACUCUUCUCUUAACUUGGGCUCGCUGGAUAUCGGUGCCAGUGAGCACUAUUUGUCUAUUGACGAUGACUCGAUCGCGGGACCCAUUGCUCGAUAGAAGUUUUCUUUGGUCUUGCCGAAUUUUUUGGUUGGUGUAUUGUUUUUGUGUGGCCUUGUGAGCAGAAAACUUGGUGUAGAGAUGUAACUGUAAAUUCCAAGGAGUUAUAGGAUGUUUUGUUGAUCAAUUUUUUUUUUUUUUUUUUAAAUUUAUUCCAGAGAAACAAAUAGCCCCUCACUUGUAUUUGGUUUGAUAGUUUGAUUAUGAUUCUUUAAUAGUUAUAUGGUUG